AUGCAGCCCCCAGAGAGCUCCCAGAUCGACCUGGGCAAGGCCCAGGUCAUUGACCGUGUUCCCAAAGUGAUCAAAGAACUGAAAUUUGGCGUUUUGACCAACGAUGAUAUUGUCAGUCAAGCUGUGGUGGAAGUUUCGGACCGCAAGUUCUUCGACCUCGAUCAUGACCGAGCGGUUGUCUCCAAUGGCCCUCUUGAUGCGCGCAUGGGUAUUUCCAACAAGACGGCACAGUGCAAGACCUGUGGACACAUGUUGAAAGAAUGUAACGGUCAUUUCGGUCACGUCAGGCUGGUCUUACCUGCUUUCCAUGUCGGUUACUUCAAGCGCGUGAUUGGAAUCCUUCAGGAAAUCUGUAAGGAAUGUUCGCGCAUCCUGCUCCCCGAGGCGGAGCGCCGUGCUUUCCUGCGUGAGAUGCGCCGCCCUGGAUUGGAUAACCUUCGGCGAAUGCAAAUUGCGAAGCGCAUCAAUGAACGUUGCCGGAAGACUCGACAAUGCGAACACUGUCAGGCGAUCAACGGUGUCGUGAAAAAGGCCGGUUCUAGUGCUUUGAAGAUCACCCACGACAAGUUCCGCGCAUUCAACUCUUCAACCUCCGUCAAGAAGCAGCCUCCGAUCAGUAAGACGGUGUUUGACGGAUCCUUCGCCGAAGCAAGAAACUCCAACUCGGAGAUCGAAAAACAUUUCAAGAAGGCCCAGGAUGAUAUGAAUGCUUUACGAGUGUUGAAGCUCUUUAAGAAAAUCUCCAACACGGAUUGUGAGCUCUUGGGUUUGGAUCCGAAGGAAGCCCGACCAGAGAUGUUCCUGUGGCAAUUCAUCCCGGCUCCUCCGGUCUGUAUUCGCCCGUCUGUGGGCCAAGAAGGUGCAUCGACAGAAGAUGAUCUCACAGCCAAGCUUGGAGAUAUCGUUCAGUCGAAUAUCAAUCUCAAGAACGCCCUGCUGAAAGGUGCUCCAGUGCAGACAAUCAUGGAAUGCUGGGAUUACAUGCAAUUGCAAAUUGCAGUCUACAUCAACAGCGAUGUCCCGGGCCUGAACAAGGCUGAUCUCGGCAAGCCUAUCCGUGGUUUUGUACAGCGACUGAAGGGAAAGCAGGGUCGUUUCCGUGGUAAUUUGUCCGGAAAGCGUGUCGAUUUCUCCGGUCGUACAGUCAUUUCCCCCGACCCCAACUUGCGAGUUGACGAAGUCGCCGUCCCGGAACUUGUGGCCAAGAACAUGACAUAUCCCGAGGUUGUGACCCGUUACAACAAAGAGAAGCUCCAAGCGCGUGUGUUGAACGGAUCCAAGAAAUGGCCCGGCGCCAACUACCUCAUGAAGAAGGACUCGACAUUCAAGAUGAUGCUGAAGUACGGUAACCUCAAGCACGUUGCCAACGAACUUCAGGAGGGAGAUACAGUCGAGCGUCAUAUUGAGGACGGUGAUAUCGUUCUAUUCAAUCGACAGCCCUCGCUGCACAAGCUCAGUAUUCUUUCUCACUUUGCCAGAGUCCGACCCCAUCGAACUUUCCGACUGAACGAGUGUGUUUGUAACCCUUACAACGCCGAUUUUGACGGAGACGAGAUGAAUUUGCACGUUCCUCAGACGGAAGAGGCCAGGGCUGAAGCUAUGGAAUUGAUGGGUGUGAAGAACAACUUGGCAACCCCCAAGAACGGAGAGCCUAUCAUUUCCGCCAUUCAGGAUUUCAUCAGUGCAGCAUAUCUGCUGAGCAGCAAAGACAACUUCUUCGACCGUCGCUCAUUCACCCAGAUCUGUCUCUACAUGUUGGGUCAUGAAACGAAAUUCGAUCUCCCACCCCCAUCCGUUCUCAAGCCCCAGAUGCUUUGGACCGGUAAACAGGUCUUCAACAUUUUGAUGCACCCUAACAAGGAGGACCCCGUGCUUGUCAACCUUGACGCUGCUUGCCGUGAAUUCAAGCAGCCCAAGGACGGCCGGCCGAAGGACCUGGAUCCCAAUGAUGGCUGGCUAGUGAUUCGUAACUCCGAAGUCAUGUGUGGUGUCAUGGACAAAUCCACCAUUGGUUCCGGAAAGAAGGACAAUGUGUUCUACAUUAUGCUUCGUGAUUAUGGCCCACCAGCUGCCGCUGAAGGUAUGAACCGUCUGUCGAAGCUGUCAGCCCGCUGGUUCACCAACAUUGGCUUUUCUAUCGGUAUCGGAGAUGUUUAUCCCAGUGCCAGACUGGUUCAGUCGAAGAAUGAUCUGGUGGAAGCGGCUUACGCUGCUUGUGACGAAGUCAUUGCCAAAUACAAGGCCGGCACACUGGAGAAGUACCCCGGCUGCGACGAACUGCAGACAAUGGAGAACCAGCUGUCUGGUAUUCUCAGUAAGGUCCGUCAGCAAGCUGGUGACGAGUGUAUUGCCCAGCUCAGCAAGUACAACUCGCCCCUGAUCAUGGCUACAUCCGGUUCCAAGGGUUCCAGUAUCAACGUGUCCCAGAUGGUUGCCCUUGUGGGUCAGCAAAUUAUCGGUGGUUCGCGUGUUCAGGAUGGUUUCCAGGACCGAACCUUGCCUCAUUUCCCGAAGAACGCGCGUCAGCCUCCUUCCAAGGGUUUCGUUCGAAACAGUUUCUUCUCUGGUCUUCUGCCUACCGAGUUCAUUUUCCACGCCAUGUCCGGUCGUGAAGGUCUGGUCGAUACUGCUGUCAAGACUGCCGAAACUGGUUACAUGUCUCGUCGGUUGAUGAAGUCACUCGAGGAUCUCUCAACCAGAUACGAUGAUACCGUGCGAAAUUCGUCCGCCGCUAUUGUGCAGUUCCAGUAUGGUGACGAUAAACUGGAUCCCGUGGAUAUGGAGGGUAAGGCUAAGCCGGUGCACUUCGACCGAACUUUCAUCCACUCCGAGUCAACCACCUACGACAAUGACGAGCGAAGCUUAUUGCCGCAAGAAAUUAUGGAGGUCUGCGCGGAGAUGCUUGAGAAGGAGCGUGCCAAGCUCACUCGUGUGGAUCUCAUGGGCAAUGAAUUGGGCUACAUGGAUCGCAGCGACCAUGGUAUCGAUCAGUUUGAGAGUGCUCGUGACUUCCUCGAUUCUAUCGAACAAUACGUUCAGGCCAAGGCUGAGAAGCUGAUCUCCCGUGGUGGUGACAUUGACCCCUCCGAUUCUAGAAGCCGACAGGGCCUGGACCAUACCGGCAAGUUGACCGAGACCACCCUCAGGGCUUUCAUCGCUGCUUGUCUGUUGAAGUACAAGAAAGCUCAAGUCGAGCCCGGCCAUGCCGUCGGUGCCGUCGGUGCCCAGUCCAUUGGUGAACCCGGUACUCAGAUGACCCUGAAAACUUUCCAUUUCGCUGGUGUCGCCGGUAUGAGUAUCACACAGGGUGUACCCCGUAUCAAGGAAAUUAUCAACGCCUCCAAGGAAAUCAGUACUCCGGUCAUUGCAUGCGAGCUGGUUACCAAGGAUCAAAUUGCUUCUGCCCGUAUUGUCAAGGGUCGCAUUGAGAAGACUUAUCUCCGCGAUGUGAUUCACUCGAUCAAUGAGAUUUGGACGGGCAAUGAAGCCUACAUUACUGCCAAGAUCAACCAGAAGACGAUUGAUGAUCUGCAGCUCGAGAUCACGGUGCCUCAAAUUCUUGCCGCCAUUAAGAAUCACAAGCGAUUCAAGGGCGACGACCUCAAGUUCCGAACGACUCGCAACUCUAUCUCCCUCAUCAUUGACCUUGAUCCGGCCAGCAAGCAAGGCCUGUCAAAGACCGAGAUCGCUGCUACCAGUGCCGAUCCUUUCUUACGUCUGAAGCAUCUGAAGCGCAUGAUGCCCAACAUUCAGAUCAUGGGUCACCCACAGGCUGCCCGUGCCAUUAUUCGAACUGAUGAGAAGGGAACCACCAACACUCUGCUAGUGGAAGGCUACGGUCUGAGGGAGUGUAUGACUACUGCUGGUGUGGACGGUUUGCACACUAGGACCAACAACGUCAUGGAGGCUCGUGAGGUGCUCGGUAUCGAGGCCGCCCGAAGCACCAUCAUUACUGAAAUCAGUGAAGUCAUGAAGGACAUGGACAUUGAUCCUCGUCACAUGCAGCUCCUGGCCGACGUGAUGACCUACAAGGGUGAAGUCCUGGGUAUCACUCGUUUCGGUCUGGCCAAGAUGCGUGACUCCGUUCUCCAGCUGGCAUCGUUCGAGAAGACCGCCGAUCACCUCUUCGACGCCGGUGGUGCUGGUCGCACUGACCUUAUCGAGGGUGUUUCGGAAUGUAUUAUCAUGGGCAAGACGAUGGGUCUGGGUACCGGUGCCAUGGAGGUUGUACGCAAGCUCAACUUCUACGAGGGACAGAUUGGCGCGCGGAAGACUGGGUUCGAGGAUGCUUGGACCGAAUUGUGUGAAGCACCUCAGCCCGCUAGAGGGAAGAAGAGAGUCCGGUAG